GUGACCGUGGAGAGAAAGCAACGCAUUCCGAGAGGAGUUCGGAGUGGAUCAUUGCUUCGUUUGCCUGACUCAAAGUCACUGGUGUAUUUGCCGACGUAACAGUUGAAGACGCAGUCUGAACUUGGACUUAAAACAUGUUUUCUCAUUUAUUUUAAACGAGUGCGACUGUUUUAGAAUGUGUAAAAAGAGGCGGGCGGUUCUCUGGAAGCUUUCUGUUUUCAGCAAAACGGCUUGAAGAAGUGCUAUGUGAAAUGGAAAGCAACCAUAUAACUGAUUGAAAAAGACGAAGAGGCGAAGAAGCAUUUCAACUAAAACUGAGCGUAGACAUUUCUUUGGAACCUGCUCGACUGUCAUGGGGAGGAUCGGUACGCGCCGCCGUUUGUAGUGCCUUUGACAUGGGACUUGAGUUUUGCCUGGACUUUAUCUUAUGAACUUGCACUUGUAAAGACAACACCUAUCCAAAAGGUUGCUCCGAGCACCGGACUGCAGUUUUACAUGCGCAUAGUGGAUGUAUAACACUUGUUACUUCCAGUUCCGGAGGUUGUCAAUGGAUCCGUCAGUGCCUUAUUUGAUCGAUUGUAAUUGCUCGACAGUUUCCAAUGCGUUUUAAAGCCCUAUUUUUAAUCUUUAACAAUGUAUAUUCAGAGACGUGUUAACCUAUUUUUUAUAAUCUUGAACUCUCCACUGAUUACAUCAGAACUCAAUGAUUUUUUACUGGAUAUUGUAAAGGUGUAGCCUAAGCAUUUGGCAUUAAUGUAGGCUACUGAAGCAAAUAGACAUAUCUCAGUUGCACUCAUACUAGGCUCAGAAAGUGCUGACCCCUCGACCCGCCUCUUAAUUAUAGAUCCGCUUUAAUAUGAUAUAUUUUGCGCUAUGGAUUGUGGGCAGUUAUUGCGUUUUAGAGAUCCUAAUCGGCAUGCGUAAAUUGAAUUUGAACCCAAGGUGCAACGUGCUCUGUGAAUGAGGAGAAAAUACUGGUAUAAACGUAGGCCUAUACUGUUGUAAGUUACACUAAUUGCAUCUACCAUGGCAACUUCAAAUUGGAACUCAUUAACAUUUGCAUCGCUGUAUCCGCUGUGACAGCAGCGAUUCAGUAUUGACAAGUUGUCAUUUAUCAGACGAGAGUGAUCAUGGUCUUCGUUGUCCGUGCUGUUAUGGUGCUGUUGCUCGGUCAGGUGUUUGUCGGAGAUUGCACCGGACUUAUUCCCGAGGUUGGCCGGCGGAAGUACAGCGAGUCUGGAAGGCAAAAUCCACCACAAGACGUCUUAAAUACAUUCGAACUUCGCUUGCUCAACAUGUUUGGGCUGAAACGUAGACCGAAUCCAAGCAAGUUGGCGGUCAUUCCUCAGUAUAUGGUGGAUCUGUACAACAUGCACUCUGCAACUUCAGAGAAAAACCUCGGGAGACAUAAAGGGUCAUUGGCAAGGAAUUCAGAAAAGCCUGCCAGUCGGGCGACCACGAUUAGAAGCUUUCAUCACGAUGAGUCGUCAGAAGAACUCAGCAGUCACGGCGGGAAGACUACGCAGCGGUUCUUCUUCAACCUGACCUCCGUCCCCGGGGAGGAGCUUGUCACCUCAGCAGAGCUCCGUAUCUACAGGGAGCAAGUCAUGGGCGCCAUCGCUAGCAGCAGCAGCAGCAGCAGCAACCACAGCAGCAGCAGCAGCAGCAGCAGCAGCAGCACCGGCUACCACCGCAUCAACAUCCAUGAGGUUCUCAAGCCUGCCGUACCCCUCAAAGAGCCCAUCACGAGACUCCUAGACACCAGAUUGGUGCAGCACGCUCUCAGCAAGUGGGAGAGCUUCGAUGUGAGUCCGGCGGUCAUCCGCUGGGCCAUGGAGGGGCACGCCAACCAGGGCUUCAUGGUGGAGGUGGUCCACCUGGACAGUGCGGAGGAGGAGGAGAGCGACGCGCGGAGACACGUGAGGGUGAGCAGGUCACUGCACCAGGACGAGGACUCGUGGCCUCAGAUGAGGCCGUUGCUGGUGACCUUCAGCCACGAUGGCAAGGGACAGGUUCUCCACACACGGGAGAAGAGGCAGGUGCGUAAUAAUAACAAGCAGAGAAAGAAGCACAAAGCCAACUGCAGGAGGCAUUCCCUCUACGUGGACUUCAGCGACGUGGGCUGGAACGACUGGAUUGUGGCCCCGCCAGGGUACCAUGCCUUCUACUGCCACGGGGAGUGUCCCUUUCCACUGGCAGACCACCUCAAUUCUACCAAUCAUGCCAUCGUCCAGACUUUGGUGAACUCCGUAAAUACAAACAUUCCCAGGGCAUGCUGUGUGCCUACAGACCUCAGUCCAAUCUCCCUGCUGUACCUGGACGAACAUGAGAAAGUGAUCUUGAAAAACUAUCAAGACAUGGUUGUUGAAGGCUGUGGGUGUCGUUGAAAUUCAGAUAAGAAAAAAAAGAAAGGAAUAAUACUUUUUGCAAGGACACUUUAUUUCCCAAUGAAAUCUUUAUUUAUAAGAAAGUAAAACACAUAUUUUGGAAAAAAAGGUAUAUAAGAGUAUAUUUAUGUCUACUAUUAAGUUGGGAAAAUAAAUAUUUUAAUCAGAGUUAAAAUAAUGUAUUUCUGAUGUACAUUUUAAAAUAGUACAAUUCCGCACAUGAAGUAUCAUGCUCAGACUCUUAUUUUGUAUUUAUUUCUUUCAUAACCACUUUUUAGUGAAUAGCUUAUAUCUAUUUAUGUAUAAUCAAGUGGAAAAUAUAUAGAUGUGUACAAUAUUCAACUUACCAUAGAUGUGUUUCUUUUAAACAUUUGAUUGGUGAAAAUAAAGUCUACUCUGGUAUCGUACAGAGUAUGGCAAGCCCCUUACAAGCUGAAGCCAAUUUCCCCAUCAUCAUGACGUUCUGAAGCACUGCAAUAAACAUCAGUGCUUUCUGCUGUCAGCACUAGUGUAGUCAAGUUAAGCUCUUUAAUGUGUAGUUGUGGAAUUUGCCUUUUUAAAUUUGUCAUUCAGUAAACAUCAGUGCUGCCCUGGUAAAAUAGUGGAACAGACUUCAGAAAUGGCACAGACCAUAUGCACAACUAAGGACAUACCUGUGCACUGCAGUAUUGAAGAGGUGGGAUAUCAUGGGGUUUCUAAGCAAAUGUUAAUGUGAAUGCACUUAAUUGUCUUAAAAAAAAAAAACAAUGUGACAGGUAGUUGACACUGAACGCUCAGGAAAUGUGCUGGUAUGUGAGCUUUCUUACACAAUUUGAGCCUAUGGAGUCUACUUAAUCAAUUAUUUUCUUUGAGACCAUGAUUAUUGCAUGUCCUAUCUACCAAUGCCUUCCUGACUCGCUUUAGGGUUGUUUUUUUACCAUCCCAUACACAUAGGUUUGCUUUUUGGAAUCCCAUGGAUAUAAUGAAAUGUAGUUAUAUAUUGGUAACUCCUUUAAUGUAACAGCAUUGUCACUAAAAUAUGCUGGCGCUGGAGCUCUGUUCCCUGUUAAAACAUGUCAACAUUUAUCAAGAAUACCGAAUGAGAGAUGCUGCUAGACAAAUACAUCUUUUAGCCUUUAAAGGAUGCUAGUCCAAUUGUGGAACAUGUUGAUAACUCAAAUUGAAUGCUAUAGCUGGGUCCUGAUGUUCUAUUACUUGAACUCAAAUGUCAAGAGCUUUGAGGGGAAAAAACACAUCAAUAAACUGCUUUUGUCAAGAGGA